UAUCCAAGAUAUGCAUCAACGCUGCCCUUGGGUUUGAUACUUUUAUGAUAAUGAGACACGGGUACCGCCCACCUGGUACUGGCCCAUCUAACGAGACCAGACGCCCUCUCUUUAACCACAUCCCUGGGUCACAGUUAGGCUGCUACUUUUGUAACGAUGUUGUAGCCCCCACUGACUCUACUCGUGACCGUACCCUAGACCAGCAGUGCACUGUAUCAAGGCCUGGUCUCUCCAUGAUAGCAGGUGGUCUGGCAGUAGAACUGCUCUCCUCUUUAUUACAGCAUCCUGAUAAAGGGCUGGCCCCUGCUGAUUCUAAUCCUGAUCAAGAGGACAUUAAUGAGACUGGGUCUGAGGCCAGUCCUCUUGGUAUUGUCCCUCAUCAAAUUCGUGGAUUCCUCUCUCGUUUUCAAAAUGUCAUACCGGCCAGUCAGAGGUUUGAUAAGUGUACAGCUUGUUCUGAUGUUGUCCUUGGAGAGUAUGCUAAGGAUGGGUUCCAGUUUCUAUUGAAAGUGUUCAAUACUCCGAAUUAUCUAGAGGACCUGACUGGUCUGAGUCAGCUGUAUGCUGAUACUCUUGAAGAUCAUGUGUGGGAACUGAGUGACAGUGACACUGAGGAGAAUUAGGAACUAUUAUUAUUAUUAUUAUUAUUAUUAUUAUAAACCCAAAAAACAAGAACUAAUUAGAGCUAAUAAUAGAGAAAAACAAAAAAAAGGGAAAGGAGAGGGAAGGCCCUAUGAGGAAAAAAUAAAAUAAAA